AUGCUCCCAGUAAUUUCUAGCCAUCGCCUUGGGUGGGGUAGGCUUCAGAGGAGUAUCUGCCUGAACCAAGCAGUGCUAAACAGGCAGCACUUACAGCAUGUGCACAUCAGAGUUGGAGACCGGGCUGAACUCAGUAGGGCCUUCACACAGAGGGAUGUGGCUAUCUUCUCAGAAUUAACAGGGGAUGUCAAUCCUUUGCAUUUGGAUGAAGAUUUUGCAAAACACACCAGAUUUGGAAAGACGAUUGUACAUGGAGUUUUGAUCAAUGGACUUAUUUCAGCUCUCCUAGGUACUAAAAUGCCAGGGCCAGGCUGUGUAUUUCUUUCCCAGGAAAUUAACUUUCCAGCGCCUUUAUAUGUUGGGGAAGUUGUUUUAGCUUCUGCAGAAGUGAAAGAGCUGAAGCGGUUCCUUGCUAUUAUUGCAGUGUCAUGUUUUGUACUAGAAAGUAAAAAGACUGUUAUGGAAGGCUGGGUUAAAGUUAUGGUCCCAGAAGCUCCCACGUCCUGAAAUAUGUCUUUAAAGAUGCAAGUUCAGACAUCAGUGUUACUAUUAUUGAACAGCCUCUGAGGAAAACAGGGAUUGCUGUUCCUCACCAAGGAGGGGCUGAUGGACCCAUAAACCCACAUUGGUGGAGGGGAGCUGAUAGAGGGGUGUUCCAUUUUCCACUUAUGCUUUGGCCUUAUGCAUCACACAGGCUUAAGUAUAUUUAUCAUCUGUCUAUAGGGAAUUCCCUGAUGGUCCAGUGGUUAGGACUCUGGGCUUUCACUGCCAUGGGUGCGAGUUCAGUCCCUGGUUGGGGAACUAAGGUCCCGCAAGCUGUGUGACACAGCAAAAAAAAAAAAGCAAAGAAAAAGUGACUAGACGAAAUCAGAGGUGGGCUUCCUUGGUGGCACAGUGGUUAAGAAUCUGCCUGCCAGUGCAGGGUUCACGGGUUCGAGCCCUGGUUCAGGAAGAUCCCACAUGCCGUGGAGCAAGUAAGUCUGUGCACCACAACUGAGCCUGCGCUGUAGAGCCUGUGAGCCACAACUGCUGAGCCCGCGUGCCACAACUACUGAAGCCCACACCUAGAGCCCGUGCUCCGCAACAAGAGAAGGCACCACAGUGAGAAGCCCGAGCACCACAACGAAGAGUAGCCCCUGCUCUCUGCAACUAGAGAAAGCCCGCGCGCAGCAACGAAGACCCAACGCAGCCAUAACUAACUUAAUUAAUUAAUUAAUUAAUUAAAAAGAAAAUCAUAGGUGAUUCUAAGGUUGGACAUUGUGUCCAGGCUCCCAUGAGGUGCCAUUAAAAAAAAACCAAAAACUGAAAAAAUAUUGGGAGAGUUAUCAUUUAGCUUAAUGUUCUACUUUUAGGAUUUCAGACCUGAUUAGAUUUGCAUUUGGAUAAGAGAAACCUACCUAUAUCUGUGUAGAAUAAGUUUCUCACUGAAUUUAUAACUAGCUAGCAUUUAAUUAUUGAAGAAGAUAGGUCAUCUUUGAACACCUAUCUUUUACUAGUAAAUAUUCUUAGAUUCUGUUCUUCAGCAGUUUCUGGGUCAGAGUUUAUUGUAAUUUGUUACUGUUUACACCAAGAUGGUAAUUUGUUCAAUGUUCAGUGUCACUUGCCCUUCAGAUGGUUUUCCUGUUAUCAGAGGAGGGCUUAUGUGCAGAUUUGGACUCAGCUAUGUAAGUUCUCUUGGUCUCAUGUAUAAAACAGGAUAAAAACACCUGCCACACAGGAUUGUUGGAGGUGACAGAUACAAAUAGUUAAGCACAAGGUCUAGCUUAUAAACAGUAGCUACUACUAUUGCCCAUUCUCUUCUGUGAAUAAGGUUAGAGGUUUUCCUGAGUUUGGUGCUAACUGGCCAAAAGUUAGAGAACAGACCAGUCUUUCAGGAUGUCAGCCAAUCUCUGUUGGUAUUCUAAACUUGGAAUAGAUCUUGAAUGCAGAGAUCCUAUUUUAGUAAUCCAGAUUUGUUUAUCUCUCCCUUGAAAAUACUGUGGGGUCCCCCCUUAUAUAAAUAAUAUAUGCUUUUAUUUAAAAAAUUAUAAGGUAAAAAAUUUAAGGAACACUGUGGAGGCCACGUUCUUAAGAGCUGAGGGGUAUUAGAGAGGAAAUGUGCCUAAUGUGUUAUUACUAACUGGUCAUGCCCAACAUAGCCAACACUAUUAAGACAAGAAUCUAUAGUAGAACAUACAGGUGGUCCACCUGUGCUCUGUAGCUUUAGGUGGUGGCUCAGACCACAGCUAGAAGCUUUGAUGAGGAAGGUAAGAUCAGGUUUAAUUGGUUGCAUCAACCAACAUUUCCUGGAAAAAGAUUUUUUCUUCCUGCUGGUGGAUGAGUAACUAGAUUUUUUAUUUAUUUUUUUACAUCAAGGGGGUCAGACUACUAGAAGGAAUUAUUCUAGUCACUAGAGGGCAGUGAUGUGUAUAAAUAAAGUGAGUAUUUUAAACUUUAA